AUGAUCAAGUUGCCAAGCAAAAAGAUGCUGAACCCAUUCGAGAAUAUCACACAAUGCGACUUGCCUCUUUGGCAAAGUAACAAAUGCAUGUGAUGCCAAAUACGAUGCAUUAAAAAGCUUUGAAGGAGAUCAAUCCAUUACCUCCGAAUUCACUAUAGGCCCCAUGAAGAACGGCCCCUUUACGCGGACUUUUUAAUUGCAUUUUAGUUUUCCUACAGCGUGUCUCAGAUUAGCAAGCAAUUGCUACAAACGGGUGUGCUCAAAAUUCAAAUUCAAAUUGGAGAGAGGAUGCUCACUUAGAGGACACCAUUUCUCAAGCUCAAGAUUCACCACAUGUUUAAAGGGGACCUGUCUUGCAUUUACGAUUGACCCUGUCGAUCGCUGACAAAGACAAAUCGAUGUCCGAUCGAGAUAAUGUAUUAAACGUCUGGUGGACUUCUAAUCUUCAAUCAUUCACGUAGACACUUGGUUUGAGUACAAGAAGUGCAUCGCAUGUCUGGUUUAGGGGCCUACUGACGCCCUUGGCCGUGUUGGUUUGGCCUCGACCAUUUCUUUUUUGACUCAAGAUUAAAGAUAAGGAGCACUCCAUCAGCUCAGAGAUCGUGGUUAUCAUUGGUAGCAAUGUCUGAUUUGCAAAGUAUCAUGGGCCUGAGUUCAAGGCACCAAGAUGAAGUUACCUGGAAGGGGGUGGCAAGUCCAUUCGAACCUUUGGAGGCUUCCCAUCAAGUUCUCACUUCACGAUGCAGUUUGGAACUUGUAUGUUUUUGGCUGUAAUUUCUUGUAUACUAGUCAGUGGACAGAACUUGAGUAAGUCUUCGAGGGAUGGAAAACUGUUCUCUUUGUUUAAUGUGGUCACAUUUGAAAACGGUCCUUGUAUAGGGACACAACCGGCAGGAGGAAUGGGGACAUGCCGUACCAACACGGAAUGUGCUAUUCUCGUUGGAGGAGUUUCCAUUGGAUCAUGUGCCUCAGGUUUUGGCAUAUGUUGUAUGUGCUUGCUAAGUUCUUCUACUGGCGGAAUUGUAACCGAAAACAGCACCAUGUUGCAGUCGCCAUUGGCACGAGCCGGAGUAACGGACGGAAUGACGAUUCCUUUUCAAGUCAAUCGACCCAGUUCAGACGUGUGCUUUUUGCGAUUGGAUUUGGAAUCUUUUGUCAUCAUGGGUCCUGCGGAUACAAUGGAGACCGAGGGUGGUGUAUGUGUAGACACCUUUACCGCUACAUCUAAAUCGGGACCGAUAACAAUUUGUGGCACAAAUUCUGGACAACAUAUUUUUGUGGACUUUGGAUCAAACACCCAAUCUACGCUCACAUUUUCAUUCGGAACCACUCCUGGAGGAACCAUGGCAAUGAGAGAGUGGAGAAUCAGAGUGGAUCAAAUUUCAUGCCUAGCAAUGAACACCCCCCCAACCGGCUGCAUUCAAUACCAUACUUCUCUCAUUGGACAAAUCCAGACUUUCAACUUUGAAGGAAGUAAUGGUCAUUUGGCCAAUCAAAGACAAAAUGUGUGUAUUCGCCAGGCUUCUGGUUAUUGCUGUGUUGAGUACCAAGUGUGCCCUACUACAGAUACAUUCUCUUUGGACGAGACACCGACUCCUCAAUCUUUUAGCGAAGGAAAUUGUGUUGCCAUGCCAUCAGACUUUGUGGUAAUUCCAGGGUCGUCGGGCUCGUGCUCCGAAAACCCGGGAACUCCCUUAAGGUCUCGUUAUUGUGGUGCUUUCUUCAAUUUUGCCAAGGAUCAGUUGUCAAAUGGAAUUGUUUGUGAUUGCACACCUCCUUUUUCUGUGGUAUUUGUAACUGACAAAAGCAGCCUUGCCAUAGGCCCGCGUCUUUUUUCUCGAGGUGCUUGUUUGUUAUAUCGUCAAGUGGCGUGUUAAAGACGUAUCCUAUAUAUAAUUGAUAUCUUGCUACUGUAUACUAUGAAAUAAAAACAUAAGCUGACAAUUUAAAAAUGAAUGUUGAAGCCGACAUUGCCAAAAGUGAGUGACAAAAAUGCGAUGCCUCAAAUAUGUCUGGGUGAAAAAUUGUGUUUGUGUUUCUUAAUCAUACUUUGUAAGAAUUGAUGAUUAAUGCUUUCAAGUAAAAACAGCUAUCACCUUUAUUGUUCUCUCUUUAUUUAGCUUCCGACUUUGGGUAUGCUCUACAAUCAAAAGAAAAGUCAAAAUUGCCUUUUGACCCCUUCAUAUUAGAUGGAAGCAACAAAAUUUCCUAGAAUAUAUUUCUACUUUUAGAAUUAUGAGUCCAAAGACUAUGCAAAAGCAAAAGGACUCUUGC